AUGACGACACAGGCGACAGUGAAGGGCUCCACACCGAUCAAUAUGCCCUCGUCCCCGCCCUCGUACACGUUUGAGAUGGGAAUGACUUGCGAUGGAUGUGCCAACGCUGCACGUCGUGUUCUUGGAAAACUUGGCGACAAAGUCACUAUCGAUAAGAUAGAUGUGGCUACAAAGCAAGUAGUAGUUACCACCGAUCUGCCAGCCAAUGAUAUACUCGAGACACUAAAGAAGACCGGAAAGGAAAUUAAGCAGUUGUAGAGGGGAAUCUUGACAUUUUCUAUAUCUUCAACAUUUUCUUAAGUCUUUAUACCUGUUAAUUUAUGCUAGUGGUGGUUGUGAUGCUCUCAGCCUUGUAUUAUUUAGUCCAUUAAUAUCAGAUUUCUUGCCUCCUCUUGGAAAGAUGAUUGUCUCUGUGAUCUGUCCCUAUUUAUGCAAUGUCUGCAAUCUACUUAAAGCUAAUCAAUAGAUAUGACUUUUGCUUCGUGUGGCACUUGCGC